UUUUUUUCUCCUCCUGGGGAGGGAUUGGAGGGGGCACGAGGUCCUUUGGCACGGGUAGCACUUUGGGGGCUCUUGGCCACCGGGCUGGGGGCUGCUGUGGCCAGGGGCUCCCCAAGCUCAGCAGCUUCUGCAGUAGCCACAGGGGGGCAAGGAGGCUGCUGGGCAUAUGGGGACCCCCCAGCCAGGAACACUGUGGUAUUCAUGGGAAGCUGCUUUUCAACUCCUGGGGUUUUUCUCACUCUUGAUCUGGGUAAUGCAUAACUAAAAUAAACAUACUGAGGAAAAACCAACCCAACCCGAAGGGCUGUUUUUGUCUUGGUGCAUGCAGCUCACCUGUGGGGUGGCCGGUGUUGUCCUGGGCUGGCUGGGUUACCUUUCCCUAUCUGCGGCCCCUGUUUAGGGCAGGACCCCUCUGGGAAUGGGGGAGGCGGGAAUUUGCAGCGUGGUGCCAGGCCCCAGGCACGGAAGAGGGGGAGAGCCAGGCCAGCGGACGUGUGAGCGGAGCUCCCGGCUGGAAUGCACCAGCUCAGCAAGGGAUUGUCCUCGCCGGGCCGGGCGGGUGCUGCGGCCGGAGCCUGGUGGCCGUGACAGCUGCCCGGAGCAUGGCGGCCGCAGAGAGCCCCUCCGCUGCCCUCCGGCGCCGCGACCUCUGCAGCCGCGGCAUCCGCCUGGCCGGCAAGAUGCGCGCGGAUGUCGUUGACCUCCUGGACGCCUACGUGGAGCAGCAGGGCUUGGACGCCUCGGCCAGCGUGGCGGCAGUGGAGGGGGUGCCGCUGGCAGCAGUGGAGCGCUGGGACGAGCAGACGGGCACGCAGCGGCUGCUGGAGAACCUGGCGGCCUACCGGGCCUUCCGCGCCCUGCUGGCCCAGAUGCUGGAGGAGCAGCGGGAGCAGCUGGGCGAGGCGGACGCGGGCCUGGGCCGGGCGCUGGCGGCCGUCCUGCUCCAGGUCUCGGCCUUCGCCUACCACCUCGAGGAGCUGCUGCGGCUGGAGAGCCGCGGGAUCCCCGGCGAGGAGGGGGACGGGCCGCCGCCCCCGCCGCGCCUCAGCCUGUUCGAGCAGAAGCUGCGGGGCCUGGGGGUGCUGCGGGAGCUGGCCCAGUGGGCCGUGAGGUCCGUGCGGGACCUGCGGCAGCUCGCCAAGCCCAGCCCGGCCACCGGCACGGCCCCCGGCCUGGCCGAGAGCCCGUGA